AUGACUGAGAAUGCGAAGGUGGAAACAGAGGCCAAAAUAGAAGAGACGAAGAAGAUCUCUCGAAAUGAAACGAAGAAAAAGUCUGACAAGUUAGAAGAAGAUGCUCCUGUAAGAGUUCCCAUAUCUUGUGGUAAAGAGAUCAUAUCUUUUGUAAAAGCAGAGACGAAUGUAACUUCAUUGGGUUUAGAUGGAUCGAUUACGGAUUGGGAUUUGGUUCCGGAUGAAACAAAGAAGAGAGUGAUGGAGUCAAUGUUUAACAAGCUCUACGCUAUGAAAAUGGAGCUCUGUUCCAAAAGAAUCGGAUUGGCUUCCGAAUUCGUAAACGUGAUACUUAAACCAGACAAUGCAUCAUCCUCUUCUCAAAAUGUUCCAGUCUUGUCUCAAAACAAAACAGUGGUUGAUGUGAACAAAGAGACUUGUGUUGCAUCAGGCAGUGGUAGCCAGAAAGGUGAAGAUUGUUCAAUAGUUGUUGAAGAAGAGCAUGUUGUUUGUGUUGAACCACUUGACUCCACUGAGAGAAAGAUAGAGCAAGUUUCUGCCCUGAGUAUUACAGAUGGAAAACAUAUUGACCCGAAAGAAAGUCAGGACUUAGAGAUGCAGGAGAAGGAAGCUGGUGUUGUCUUAUGUGAUGGAGCUAAUACAGAAAAUGAAAUAGACGCUUCUGUUACAGUAGCUGCGACAGUGAAGGACGAUUCUUGUGUUAGAAUUGAUGAAGGGAACAGAUCAAAUCCAUCGGUCUCAAGGAAAAAACUUCUUGUGCUUGAUCUUAAUGGGUUGCUUGCAAAUAUCGUUUCUUCUUUCCCAGGCUGUAAAGCGGACAUAGUUAUUGGAAGAAGGGCAAUUUACAAAAGACCCUUUUAUGAAGAGUUUCUGGAGUUCUGCUUUGAAAAGUUUGAAGUUGGUGUCUGGUCCUCCAGAACUCAGUAUAAUGUUGAAAGAAUCACUAACUUCUUGCUCGGCGAUAUGAAGCGUAAAUUGUUGUUUUGUUGGGACAUGUCUUAUUGUGCUACGACGACCACUGGUUCCCUUGAAAAUAAGCACAAAUCUGUGGUGUUCAAGGAACUUAACCAGCUCUGGGAGAAACAUGACUCAGAACUUCCGUGGAAAAAGGGUGAAUACAACGAAACUAACACAGUUUUGUUGGACGAUUCUCCUUACAAGGCUUUGCUUAAUCCAUCAUAUACAGCAAUAUUCCCUCACUCAUACGAUCAUCAUAACAAGAGUGACGCAUCGUUAGGUAGUAAUGGUGAUCUGAGGCUUCAUCUGGAAAAACUAGCAGAAGCAGAAAAUGUUCAAGAAUUCAUAAAGAAGAACCCUUUUGGGCAAGAAGCUAUAACGGAAGCAAGUGAAUCCUGGGAAUUUUACAGAGGGGCGAUUGCACAAGUACGCCAUUAG